UGGUUUGAUCUUUAACUUAUCAACGUUUUCAGGGUGGGCGAACUACGUAAUUUUCAAUUUUAACAAUUAUCAUUCCUCGCUUUGUUUCAUUCACAGCGUGUUUCUAUUUUGAUUCUAAUUAAUUGACAUUUGCUUCAUUUGUUACGAUUGCAAACUUGACAAAACAAAGGAACUCUUUAUUCAGAGUUUUUCUUUUCUAUGGAGGGUUCUAGUGCACUCGAAACAACAAACCUUUCACUCGCAAAUGCCAACGAGCAAUUUUCUUCCCAGACCAAUAUUUUGGCAAGUAUUUUGGCAAAUAUAGACGAGGAAUCUACACGUAAACCUGGUAGAAACGCUAUAAUUGCUUCGGAUUCUCCUUCAGGAACAUUAGAUCGAAUGUUAGACCGAAAUACAUCAAAAUCUGACGAAAUGAAAAACUCUAAUGAUCAAACGGGUGAAUUUGAAAGAUUCGAGAACGUCGAACUUGAAAAGGAAGAGAAACAUCAUGAACCCAAAAAAAUGUACCGUGUGCAGAAGAAGAAUAAUCGAUACUAUUUCCAGCAUCCCUACUGCCGACUGAUUAUAGCUUAUGUUAUUGUCUUUCUCAAUUUCCUGAUAUAUGCAGAAGAUCCUGUGUCACACAGUGUGGUUGAAGCUGAAUUACCUGUUGUGGGAAAUGAUGUUGGUUUUUUAAUCUUUAGUAAUAUUCCGACGCCACAAAACGAUCAAACUGAGCCUGGAGUCCGAAACUUGCAGUCAAAAAAUCAAAAAUUGAAGUCAACACGUUUAUGGGAAGCCAUAUGGAACGCGCAUCAAAUUGUUCUUUAAUAAUUGUUCCAGUAAUUGUUCUAAUAACUGUUCUACUAAUUGUCCUAAUAAUUGCUUAAAUAAUUGUGCAAAUAAUUAUUCUAAUAUAUAUUCUAAAAAUUG